AGGGCAGCGGUGACAGCGAAGAUUACUGGGCAUGCUCAGUUCAGGUGCACAUGCUCAGUGCAGCGGCGACAGCGAAGGUUACUGCGCAUGCUCAGUGCAGCCAAAGUAGCGAAUCUGGAGUGGUUCAUGUGUCUGUCCUUACACCUGCCCUGGGGGAGCUGCACGAGGACAGUCCUGCCUGACUCCCGCCUGGACACGUGCUGUGUAGAAAGACCCUGAGUUUAAGUUCUUGUGAUCUUGUUUGUAUCCGUCCCACCUUUUCCUUUCCUUCCCUUUCUGCUCCUUUACCCCCUAUUCCUGGCCUGUGUAGUUCCUGCUUCCUUCUUUCCUUAUCUUUCUCCUGCUCCACCUCCCGGCCUCUCCUUUCUCUUCACCUUCAUUCUGCACCAGUGCAGCUGAUAAGAGGUGGGUCAGGGUCUGCCCAUGAUCAGCAAAACCAUUUCUGCUGCAGAGAGAACAGAAGCCCAGAGAUCCCAGCAGCCAUGGCCUCAGCGACUCCGGUACAGGAAAUCCAAGAGGAAACCUACUGUCCCAUCUGCCAGGAAUAUCUGACGGACCCAGUGAUCACAGAGUGUGGGCACAACUUCUGCCGAGGCUGCAUCACUCAGCACUGUGAGACAUGGACAGAGAAGGACUCUGACCCUUUGUGCUGCCCCAGCUGCGGAGUCCAAAUCCGGAAAGGGUCUCUCCGGAAUAACUAUCAGCUAGGAAAUAGAGUGGAAAAAAUCAAACAACUGGAUUUCAAACCUGGAAAAGAGACUCUGUGUGAGAGACACGGCAAAGCCCUGGAUCUGUUCUGUGAAGAGGACGGGGAAGCCGUGUGUGUGGUUUGUGAGAGAUCCCCCCAGCACAGUUCUCACAUGGUGCGUCUCAUGGAUGAUGCUGCCCAGAAAUACAAGGAAAAAAUCCAGGCUCAUUUGAAGACUCUGAGGGAGGAGAGAGAAAAGCUGCUGGGAUCUAAAGUGACUAGAGAGGAGAAAAGCCCGAAGUAUAUGAAACAGAUAGAAAAGAAGAGGCAGCAAAUUGUAGCUGAUUUUCAGCAACUGCACCAAUUCCUGGACGAACAAGAGGAGCUCCUGCUGGCCCAACUGGAAAAGCUGGAGAAGGAGAUAAUGAAGAUACAGAAUGAAAAUAUCACCAAAGUCUCUGAGGAAAUUUCCCAUCUCAGUAACCUGAUCAGUGAGCUGGAGGGGAAGUGUCAGAAGCCAGCAAGUGAAUUCCUGCAGGACAUCAGAAGCACCUUGUCCAGGUGUGAGAAGGGGAAAUUCCAGCAGCCGGAGGAGAUUUCUCCUGAACUGGAAAAGAGACUCAGCGAUUUGUCCCAGAAAACUCUUGCUCUCAUGGAGCCUCUGAGGAAGUUCAAAGACACUCUGCCGUCCGCACUGGAGAGAAAAAGCGGGGAACCCCUAGGAGCCCCCGGACUGGUGCAUGUGACUCUGGAUCCAGACACGGCUCAUCCCAUCCUCGUCCUGUCUGAGGAUCGGAAAAGUGUGAGACGGAGAGACACACGGCAGCGACUGCCUGACAACCCUGAGAGAUUUGACACUGUGUUCUGUGUGCUGGGCUGUGAGGGAUUCACCUCGGGGAGACAUUGCUGGGAGGUGGAGGUGGGGGAUGAGGAGUUCUGGGCUGUGGGGGUGGCCAGAGAGUCUGUGGAGAGGAAGGGAUGGAUCAGCCCUAGCCCUAAGGGGGGGAUCUGGGCUGUGGAGCAGUGCUGGGGUCGGUUGCAGGCUUUCACCUCCCCUCGCACCCGCCUGCCCCUGAUCUGGGGCUCCAGCAGGAUCCGGGUUUGUCUGGACUGUGACCGGGGGCAGGUGACAUUUAUCGAUGCUGGUGACGAGGCCCCGAUCUUCACUUUCCCGCCGGGCUCCGUCCCUGGGGAGAGAAUCCGACCCUGGUUCUGGGUGGGGCGGGGAUCCCGGCUCAGCCUGUGUCCCUGAGACACGCAGCAGAGGCAGGAACCGGAAAUCAGCCUCUCUAGCCUGAUGGACCCCAGUCUGUAUGACCUUGGAGGACUCCCAUCUACCCAGCCCUCAGCACCUCAUCUAUGUCCCCUGCAAGAUCCUCCCCCUCCCCCUCUGGGGCUGCAGGUUGGGGAGAGAUGGGGGGCUGGGUAGAGGGCAAAACUAACAGCUGGGAUGGGGGUGGCAGGGACACAGCAUGAAUCAAUCAGGGUUCGGGGGGUUGGGGAGAAGCAGCAGCAGGGGGGAGCGUUUUGUACAGAUCUGUGGGAUUAGAUCUAACCAGGAUCAGGGCCGGCUCUAACAUUUUUGCCGCCCCAAGCAAAAAAAAAAAAUAGCACCGCCCGACCUCUCCCUGAGCGUCAUACCGCCCGAGUCCCCGCAACCCCCAGCGCCAUGUCGGGCCACCCAAAUC